CUUCUAUAUUCUUCGUCAUUAUUAAUUUUUCAAUUUUAUCGACUGAGUUUUGUUUAAAUAGUGUUGCAUUCAAAAAGGCGGGGAGAUUUGUUUCUAUUUGGUUGUCAUGGUUACUAAGCAUUGCAAAGUAUUGUGUUCAGAAGUCUUUUAACUUCGUAUAUGUAAAAUUAAAGAAAAAUUAUUUUUUCAACUAAUACAAUAUAACAAAGAAAGAUGGUUAGAACAGAUUGGGAACGAAUAUUUUCUUUAAAUGUGUCAUCUUUAACAGACGAAGAAAUCGAGGAUCUAUGUCCUACGAUAAUGCGUUGCAAUGUUGAUGAAAUUUCUGACAUGAAAAAUCUUCAAACACUUAUGAGAAUAUCACAAGAAAUGUUGCAAUAUAAAGAUAAUCAAGUAGAAUCUUUACUUAUAGAAUGCGGAGAGUUAAAAGAUACUUUAUCUUCCUUAAAAGCAGAUUUUUCUAAACAGAAAAUUAAAGGCCAAAACGUAUCUGAUUUACAUUACAAAGAUAAAAGCUUUAUUAAGUCACCUGAUACUAUUGAAACUGCCAAUCAUGAGACUGUUAUACAAGAUAAAAAUGAAAAAAUAGAAAAACUGAUGAAUGAAUUAGAGGGAUUAGAUAGAGAAAAUAUUAUUUUGAAAGAACGAUUAGAAAUGUUGAAAGAUGAGAUGGAGGAUGCAACUGAGAGAAUGAACGAAAUGACUGAUGAAUUAAGUUGUGCACAAUCAAAAGUGCUCCAAUAUAAAGAAAAGAUAUUAGAAUUGGACCGUGAAAAUAUUGCUUUAUUCAAUCAAAUAGAAGAAUUAACUAGUCAACAAAUGGAUAGGGAUAAAGUAAUAGAUGAAUUUGGAAUAGCAAUAGAUUCUAGAAUAACAGAAUGGAAGGAAUUAUUAGAUGAAAAGGAUGCAGAGAUACAGCGUUUAAAAGAUAAUUUAUCACAAUCUUUAUUGCAAUCUGUUACAUCGGUUAAAGAAGACAAUAAUAAAUCGCAGAUAGUAUAUUUAAAUGAAGAGAUUAGUAACCGUGAUAAAAUUAUAACAGAGUUACAAAGUAAACUUUCUGAAGCAAUUGUAGAAAUAAAUGAAGGGGCUGCUAUUAUUGAAAAGUUACAAGCAAAUAGCAAAAAAUUAGAAAAAGAAGAGAAGAGAAAAGAACAAAAGGAGUUAAUAAAAAAAAUGCAAGAAGCAAAUAAUCAAAUAUCCAAUUUACAGAAUGAAUUAGAUCAAGCGCAGGAGGAUUUAAAAUUAAAAAGUGGCGAAUUAUGUGAAAUAUUAUCAAUUUUGAGAAAGUACGAAAAUGGAAAUCAGGGAUUAAAAGAAGCAUUAGAUGAAACAAAUAAAUUAAAAAGUGAAUUAAAUCAUAAAAGAGAACAUAUUAAAGAUCUUGUUAAUGUUAUUAAUAAGUUAGAAAUGUUAAACUCUUAUCAAGAAAUGGAAAUUUUAGCUUUAAGACAAAAAUUAGGAAUUCCAGAGGACGAAUCAAUUUCCAUAGAUAAUAUUUUGAAAAAACGUAGAGAAGAAGAUAAAAGGAUGCAAGAGCUUAUUCAACAAAAUAAAAUGUUAAUAGAUGAAAAUCUCGAAAUGAAAUCAAGUAUAAGAUUGCUAAAAUCAAAUAGAUCGCGUUUGCCUACCAAGAAAUUAGAUUUUUCAAGUGAUACAAUAGACAACAGUACUGACUUUUUGCAUUCGACUAAAUUAUUGGAACCAGGUGGAAAUCAGAUGGUUGAUUUUGAAUUCGUUAAGAUAUAUCAUAAAACUGAUAAAGAUUUUAGAAAAGAAAUGCAAUUAGUUGUAGAAGAGAAUGAAGCUCUUAGAAGAGGCAUGCAUGAAAUUCUGGACAGUAUACGCAAUCAAGAUGGAAAAAGUAUAGUAGAAGUGCAUUCAUAUACUUUGGAAAGAUUAUUGGAAGCAUUAGAUGUCAGACACUUAGCUGGUUGGUAUCAUCCUGCUAUGAGAUUGCAAGAAAAUUUAAAUGUUAUACAAGGUAGUAAUGCGGAAUUAAGAUCUCAACUUAAACAAAUGAGGAAAGAACUUAAUAGAAAGGAUGCUAUAUUGCAAGAUUUGGCAUUGAAUAAAGGUGUAGUCUUAGAAAAAUCGAAAAUCCAAGAUUCUGACAAUGAGGAAAUAAUGUACACUUCAGAAAUCAAAAAUAUGGAAAGUAUUCAUCAAAGGGAAAUAGAGAAAAGAGAUAAAGAAAAUGAAUCAUUGAUAAAAGAAAAGAAAGAUUUGCAGGAUACGAUAGAUAGUUUAAAUCUUCAAUUAGAAAUUUAUGAGAAAGAUCGGGAAGUCUUUGAAAGUGAUGAAGAUGAAAUAAAAAAAGCUUUUGCAAUUAAAAGUAAAGAGUAUAUAGAAGUUGCUAGUGAAUUAUUACUGGUUAAAAGAAAAAUAGUACUUUUGCAAGAACUUCUUAACAAUGAAUCUAUAAAAACAUAUAAUUAUCAGAAAAAUACUGUCGAAAAAGAAAGUUCUUUUAAAAGAGCAUUGGCUGAUGCCAAUAAGCAUAAUAAAAUAUUAGAGUGUGAGACAAUAAGACUGCAAAGUAAUUUAUCUAAUUCCGUAAGUAUUACAGAAUAUAGUGAUCUUAAAGAAAAAUACGACGAAUUAAAUAUAAGAUAUCGUUUUAUUCUUGAAAAAAAUACGAUUUUCGAAGAUACAAAUGAAAUUGAAUUAUUAAAAGACGAAUUAGAUUUAGCGAAAAAAGAAAAAUCUCAAUUAUUAGAUUUGUUUAAGGAAGAGAUUUCUAAAGAAGAUACAAAUGAUAUAGUUGAAAAAUUAAAAGAUUACAAAACAAAAGAAUUAAUGGAAAGACAGCGUGCCGAUCACAUGACCAAACUUCAUGAAAUAUCUCAAAGUCAGUUAACAAAAUGUGAAGACAAAGUUAAAGAGAUCACGACCAUGAAUUGUGAAUUACAAGAGAAAUUAAUUGAUGUUCAUAAAAAAUUAUCUAAAAUUAUUUCUUUACAAAAUUAUCAACAACAAUAUCAUCUAGAUGAAUCAGAAUUGUUGAAUGAUAUAAAAACUUUGAGAAUCGACAAUGAUACAUUAAAAAGAAAGCUUGAAGUUGCUGAAGAAGAGAGUAAAUUGCAGUACAUGGUAAAUUCGUUAAAAACAUUAGAGUUAGAUAAUUUGAGACAUCAGAUUUUGGAUUUGCAAGCGGUUAGCGAAGACAAGGCUACGAUAUCGAGACUUAAUUUUGAAUUAGCUAGUAAGAAAAGUACUGAAAUGGAAUUAAAUGCGCGAAAGUCUCAACUUGAAAGUGAAAUAUCUUAUUUGCAAGAUGAACAUGAGAAAUUGAUGAUACACUCUGAUAAAAUGAGAACCAACAUGCAGUAUUGUAGAAAACAAUGCGACGAUCGUUGCAGAAUUUAUAUCGACAUAAUAGAUUUUUUGCAAAGUCAAUAUGCAGGAUCUUCUUCUUUAAGUGCUCUCGAUAGAGUCGCUUCUACAGCUAAGAAAUUAAAAAAAGAUCAAAUAGAAUUAGAUAUUGAAAUGAAGAAGGCAAAGGAGUAUAGUAAUCGAGUGGUUUCUCAACAAGAAACGUUAACAAAUCGGUUAGAGAUAGUCGAACGUUUGAAAGAUAUAUUGGAGGAACAAAUUGGCGGUGAGAGUAUGCAAGAUAUUUUGCAACAAUUCGCAGAAAAUUCUCAAUACGUAUUAAAUGAUUUGAAACAAAAACGAAGAAUAUCUCAUUUGGAUAAUGAAUUGCAAAUGGCUUAUGAUAAAAUUGUAAAAUAUGAAUCAAUAAUUACAAAUAUGGAAAAUGAAAUGAUUAAUAUGCAAAAGACUUGGACUUAUCCAAGAGAGCAACAAAUAUCUACUGAUGUACAAAUAAAAGAAAUUCAAUCUGAUUUGAUAAAAACGCGGUCAGUUUUCGUUCAAGUUUCGGUAGAACUCAAUUCGAUAGAGAUUCAAACUGAACCUUACGAUUGUUGUUUGAAUAAACAAACAGAUAUCGUUAAUAAUAUUCCGAAAAACAAAUUUGUUCGCGAAGUAGGUAACAAUACAGAGGAAAAUGGUAAUUCGAUAGCCCAACUGAACGAACGUUUAACCAAUGCAUUGAAACUCGUAGCAGAUCGUUCAGAAAUUAUAGUUAAAUAUGAAUCACAAUUGUCAGAUUAUCAAGCAAAAAUAGAUGCUCUUAAUAAAAAGAUUCAAGAAAAAGAGUUUCAACUUUUACAAAAGGAAAUUAAUAUGGAAGAACCUAAACUUGAAGUUCAUAUGUCGAGUAUGGAUUGUAGCGACAAGUUGGCAUUGAAAUCUACAGUGAACAGUUUACAAAAAAUUGUGGCACAAAAAGAGGAGACAAUAGUGAGAUACCAGAAUCUUAUGAAGGAAGAAAGAGAAGAAUAUAUUGAAUCUUCGAGUUGUUUUCAAAAGGAAAUCAAAGAUUUGCAGGAUAAAAUUCAAACGAUGCAAAGUCAUGUUAAUAUUGAGGAAAAGGAACAAAAUAUUAUAAUAGAACUUGACGAAGAAAAAGAGGUUGAAAAACCUGUUACUGCUUACAAUGCAGCACGAGAGGAAGAAAUCGCAAGAUUGAGAGAAAGAAUAAAUACUUUGGAAGCUGAUUUGCAUAUUACAAAAGAAUUGAGCGGUCGUUGGCAUAGAUUGGCAGAAGAGAGACUUAAACAUAUUGAUCGUAUUAGAGAAAGACUCGAGGAGCAGCAUAAUACAGAACUUGAAAGUUAUCGUAAUGAGAUUAUCAAAUGGCAAUCAGAAGCUGAUAUCCUGAGACAACGAUUGUCAGAAAAUCGUGUUGUUCAUACAAAAGGAAAUAUAUCUCUUAUGAAAGAAUUGCAAGAAAAAGAUGACAAAAUACACGAGCUCAGUUUAAAUUGUCAACAAUUGCAGAAUGAAAUCGAAUUGUUGGAAGCCACGAAUCGAUCACUGCCAGCACGUGUGAUCGAUCAUCGUGACGAACUUAGAAUUCACGAAAGUAUUCCUAGUAUUCAACGUGAUCAACCUCAAUCGCAGAAUCAAAUGGAUCUUUUGCGUAAACAAUUACAAUCUUUAAUGGAAAAAGAAAAGAUGUAUAAGCAUGAAAUUGCUGAACUAAAACAACGAGUCAGUCGGGGAUAUAUGGCGGUAAAAACGCAAGAGAAAAAAACGUCUCAGCGGGAGAUGCAAUUGGAAAGGAAGGUUAAAUCUUUGGAGGAAGAAUUAGAAAAAAUGCGAACUCAAUUAGAGAAAGAAUACUUGGCCCAAGAAACUAGAAAAGCAAAGACAGCAAAGGAACUUUCAUUAUGGGAAAAGCAAAAGAAGUGGCAACAAACUGCAGAAAAAUUGCAAGAAAAGUUGAAAGAGAAAACAAACGAGUAUAUCAAAUUAAAUUCGAACUACGAAAAAUUACGAGCGCUGGUUUCUUGCAUGGAACGUGAGAAAUGGUUUUUGAAGAGUAAAAUCAAAGAGGAGGUGGUUCCACAACAGGUGCUGAAUGAUUUACCGAGUAGACCGAUCUCAGCUGCGCAUCAAAGUCUUAUCAUCGAUUUACAAAAGGAAUGUCAAACAUUGAGAGAACGUAUCAGUGAAUUGACUGAACGAUUGGAAAAGGAAAAUAAUCAUGAAUUAUUAACGAAAAUAGAUGAACAGAAGAAUUGUAUAGCUUCGUUAGAAGUUGUUACAAAGGGUAACGAGUACGUAGUAGAAAAAUUGCAAAAACUAGAAAUGACUAGGGAUGCUCUAGAACGAGCUAAUCUUAAAUUGGAAAGUGAGAAUUUCGAAUUACGAUUAGAAAUAGAAAAGGCUAGAACGGAUACGCCACAUUUGCGAGAAAAAGUCGAACAUCUCGAGAGAUACAUUGACUUGUUGAAAGUAGAAAAAUCAUCGGAUUCCAGCCCUAGAUUAUCGAACAAGGACCAUCAGGAAUUGAAUACUAAAAAACCUGUGUUAGAACUAGAGAAAACAAUCUUCACGUUAAAAAGAAUCAUUGAAAAGUUACAAGUUGAGAACAAAAAAUUGAGAUUUAAUUCAAAAAAAACUUAUUUUGUACCUCUUCAAGGAAAGAAAGUUUGUAACGAGAAUGAAUAUCCUUACGAAAAAUUGUACGAGGAAUCUCAAAAGAGAGUGAUAGACUUAGAAACAGAUUUACAACUUGCCGAGCAAAGAAUAACAAUGUUGGAGAAAGCGCAUAAAGAGAAUGACAAUAGCGAGAUUAAUAUCUUAAAACAACAAUUGACUCAUAAAUCAGAGCUCUUGGAAAAAGUAAAACAAUUGUUAACGAGGGCAGCCUUAAACGAAAAAACUCUUCGUCAACGCCUUCAACAACUAGAAUCGAAACAAACUUUGUCACCGAUACCAGAAUGCUACGUAACUGUGCCUAACUUGGAAUGAAAGUAGUAUGAUGUUUUAAUAUUUCACAGUGAUAAUAUUUGUCUUGAUUAAUAAUUUAUUUUACAUAUAGUACGUUUUAAAA